CCUGAUUGAUUAUCUGCAUUGGCUUCUUAGAGGCAGACAUAGCAAGCAAGGAAACAAUGAUUGACCUCUCCGAAAACCCCUUGCAACUCCCUGUCUUGAAUGUAUCCAAAUGCCCGCUGGAUUCGUCCUCUCUCUCCUCCCUUGCUGCAGCCUGCAAAGAAUGGGGUUUCUUCCAGAUCAUUAACCAUGGAAUCUCCAAGGAUCUCUACACCAAAAUCUACUCCCUAUCCAACAAGAUUUUCUCCCUCCCUCCCGAGUCAAAGCUUAGAUUAGGACCUUCAUCAUUAACCAAAGCAUACACACCUCAUUUCAUCGCGUCCCCUUUCUUCGAGAGCCUUCGAGUCGCCGGCCCAGACUUUGCUGCCUCAGCUCGAUCAUCUGCCAAUGCCCUCUUCGAACACAAUAUUAAUGAUUCUCAUGACUUCAGUGAAAUAGUGGAAGAAUACGGGACAAAAGUGACCGAAUUAUCCAAGGCAAUCCUCAAGCUAGUGCUGAGGGCUCUGGGAGAAGGAUUCGAGACAAAGUACUACGAAUCCGAAUUCAGCAACUGCCAUGGAUACUUGAGGAUAAACAACUACACCCCUCCGGACAACCUAGAACAAUGCAAUGCAGAAACGGAGGGGCUCGGAAUGCACACGGACAUGAGCUGUCUGACGAUAGUGUACCAGGACGAAAUCGGGGGGUUGCAGGUGAGAUCCAAGGAGGGGAAAUGGAUGAACAUCCUUCCCCGCGAAGGAACCCUUGUAGUGAACAUCGGCGACAUGCUGCAGGCGUGGAGCAACGAACGGCUGAGAUCAUCGGAGCAUCGGGUGGUGCUGAGGACGACGAAGAUCAACCGGCUGUCCUUAGCCUUCUUCUGGUGCUUUGAGGAUGAGAAAGUGGUGGCAACGCCCGAGGAAGUGGUGGGACAGGAAGGAAGAAAGGCUUACAGGCCAUUUGUUUGCCGGGAAUAUCUUAAGUUUAGGGAAAGCAAUGAGAAGGGUAAGUUUGAGAAAGUUGGGUUUACAGUUAAGGAUUUUGCAGGGGCUGUCGAAUUCGAAGAUCAUCAUCAUCGGCAAUUGUUGAAGUGAUCAGAAGAUCCUCAUCAGUUGGCAGUUAGUUGUUGGUUCUUAUCUUGCCUAUGAUCAUUGAUUUAAUUCUGUCGGAACCUUAACUUCCUCUAGGGUUUGGCUGGCUGGCUGGCUGGCUGUAAUAAGCCUACAUGAUCUCGAAAUCCUAAGAUAGGGGUUCGGAAAAAGUUGCAUUUGGCGUUUAGUGAAUUUGUCUUGACAUGAAUGUAUUUAAUAUUAUUAAUUUGAAUUGGGUUGGGUUAGGUUGGUUGUGUGUGUGUGGAAUUAUGGGAACGAGGGGGUGUGGUUUGACCUCUAAGGACAGUUGGAAUUCCACUCCCAACUUGCAAGAAAAAAAUAUAUAUGUAUAUAUAUAUAUAUUUGUGAAAUUUAGUAUAGUAAUUAGAAUGGGUGGGCGGGCGGUUUUGUAUUGUCGUGUAAA